UCCCAACAACUCCGAAACCUUUUUUAGGCACCCCUUCCCAGGAAACAAAUAUUUGAACUAACGUGGAUGCAUCCAUUCUCGUUUGGUUCUCUAAUCGACGUAUCGGUUUGGUUUCAUGAACACGGAUGACAGAAAACGCAGAUUCAAUGAAGGCAUCGUUAAUAUGCUCUAUCCCUCUCCUCCACCACUACCACACCAACAAGAUCAAUUCCAACCUCAGGAACCUUUCACUGACGACUCUCGUUCUGACGUUAUUUCGGGCACUUUGGAUGGCUACGACGAUGCCUCCACGAGCGGUGAUUCCGAGACGGAGAAGCUCACCAGGGCUCAACGAAAGAAAAUUCGCAAGAAGAAGCUCAAGGAGGAAACCACUCAUCGCGGAAAACUUAUUGGGCCGCUGUUGCCUCUCAGGCCCACCCAAGCUGGACAGGACGCUCCACCUGUUCGAUCAAAUGCCUCUGAGGAAGGUGCUAAAUCAGUGAAAGUGAAGAACCGGAGAAUGGCAAAAAGGCUCGCCAAAGAAAAGCCAAGUGACUCUACUUCGGAGAACACCAAUCAAAGUUCCGCCCCUUUAUAAUUAAGUAUGCGUUUGGGUUGCUGACAACAAUAAUAAAAUAUAGUAUGCUAUUUGUACAUGUAUAAGGAUACAUCAAUGAUC